CAGUGUGGCCCGGAGGAACGGAGCCCGUGCCAGGGCGACCCAGUCGGGAGCCCAGGGACCGAGCUCGUGUUUCGGGGAGACCACCACUUCUUCUCAGGGGCGCCGGUCCCAGGACGGUCGAGGCGUCGGGGCGGCCACCGAGUCCUCAGCGGGGAUACCCCUUCGGGGAGAGGGCGCGCAGUCCAGAACAGUCUUGGGGAGCCGAGCGGAAUCGGCCGGGAUCACCCGGGGGCGCAGAGCCCCCGUCGCGCCUCGUGCGUCGGAAAGGCCAGGGGAGCGAGCCCGUGGAGGCCGCAGCCCAUGCCCGGGUUGGGGGCGGUUGCCCAGUGAGUCCUCCUGGCCGGCCGGGCGGAGAAGAACGACACCAAAGCCGGAAGGAGGGGAGCAUUUCAAGGCCGGUGGCUGCGGAGGAUGGGAGCCUGAGUGGCUCCGAGCGCUGCGCUGCACGGGAAGACGAGGCGAGCUUUGCUGAGGAGGCGCCAGGGCUUCCCGAAGUGCAGUCUGCCCCCGGGAAGAUGGCCCGGCCUGGGCAGCGUUGGCUUGGCAAAUGGCAUGUGGCGAUGGUCGUAUUGGCGCUGUGCCGACUUGCCACGCCACUGGCUAAGAACCUGGAGCCUGUGUCCUGGAGCUCUCUCAACCCCAAGUUCCUGAGUGGGAAGGGCCUGGUGAUCUACCCGAAGAUUGGAGACAAGCUGGACAUCAUCUGCCCCCGAGCAGAAGCAGGGCGGCCCUACGAGUACUAUAAGCUAUACUUGGUGCGGCCUGAACAGGCAGCUGCCUGCAGCACCGUGCUCGACCCCAAUGUGCUGGUCACCUGCAACAGACCAGAGCAGGAAAUCCGUUUCACCAUUAAGUUCCAGGAGUUCAGCCCCAACUACAUGGGCCUGGAGUUCAAGAAGCACCAUGAUUACUAUAUUACCUCUACAUCCAAUGGGAGCCUAGAGGGGCUGGAGAACCGGGAGGGAGGUGUGUGCCGUACACGCACCAUGAAGAUCAUCAUGAAGGUUGGGCAAGAUCCCAAUGCUGUGACACCUGAGCAGCUGACUACCAGCUGGCCCAGCAAGGAGGCAGACAACACUGUCUUGAUGGCCACACAGGCUCCUCGUGGUCGAGGCCCCCUAGGGGACUCUGAUGGGAAGCAUGAGACUGUGAACCAGGAAGAGAAGAGUGGCCCAGGUGCAAGUGGUGGCAGCAGCAGUGGGGACCCUGACAGCUUCUUCAAUUCCAAGGUGGCAUUGUUUGCGGCUGUUGGUGCUGGCUGUGUCAUCUUCCUGCUCAUCAUCAUUUUCCUGACGGUUCUGCUACUAAAGCUGCGCAAACGGCACCGUAAGCACACGCAGCAGCGGGCAGCUGCCCUUUCGCUCAGUACACUGGCCAGUCCCAAGGGGGGCAGUGGCACUGCGGGCACCGAGCCCAGUGAUAUCAUCAUCCCCUUACGGACUACAGAGAACAACUACUGCCCCCACUAUGAGAAGGUGAGUGGGGACUAUGGGCAUCCCGUCUACAUCGUCCAGGAGAUGCCACCCCAGAGCCCGGCGAACAUCUACUACAAGGUCUGAGUGCCCGGUGCGGCCUCAGGCCCUGGAGGACAGACGGCCUGGACCACACCUCUCCUUUCUCCUCCACACCCUCUCCCCUUGCCAGCUGUGCCCACCUUUGUAUUUAGUUUUGUAGUUUCUUGGCUUUUAUAAUCCCCCUUUUUUUCCUGCUCCCUGGGCUUUGGAGGGGGGUGCUUGUGCCCCUAACCCCCAUGCUCUUGUGCCUUCCCCCUCUGACCAGGCCUCUGGGCUCUGUGGGGGCACCCCUUCUUGGUGGGCAGGGUUGGAUGCUGAUGGACAGCAGGCAGGGAGAUAGCCUUCUGGCCUUGCCCCCACCCUUGUCCCUGUGCCCUCUUCCCAGGACUGCUUGUCUACUAUCAUCACUGUUUUUAAUACUUUUGUGUUCAUUUUUUAGCUGUCAACUCAUUUUCAUCUGUUUUUUGAAGAAAAAUGUAAAAGGCAGCCUCUCUCCAGGCUUUCUGAGCCUGGCCAGCCCAUGUAAGAGUAUAAGAGGGCCUGGGGCUGGGGCUAGGACUGGGGCAGGAUGUGGCCAGGAAGCAUAGAAUGCAUUUAUUUUAUAGACUCCUCAGCAUUUCUGGGAGGGGUGGGCAGGCCAGGGCUGUUCUUGCCCAUGAGGGAAGUGGAGAGUGCCAUUUGGGCAAGGUAUCCCACCCUCCCCUCUUGACCUUCCUUCUACAAAGCUAAUCCUGGCAGUGGGGUAGUAGCUGCCACCCUUCCACCAAAAAAAAAAAAUCCCUUUCUUGUGGGAUUCUUGGGCAUCUCCUGCCUCCCUCACUCUCACGGUAAUUAACGUCUUAAUUGGCCGUUGCCUGGGGAACAGGAGAGCUGCUGCAGGCAGAUGACCUCAUGGGGGGUGGAGGGCAGUAAGCUGGGAGUUACCCCCCCACACACACACCCUGUUCUCUCCUCACCUUUGGUAUCCUUUAGCCUGAUGGGGAAACAGAGGCCCAGGUGGAGGCCCAGGUGGGUAUAAGGCCAGGUGGCCUGCUCCUUGUCUGGGCUUUAGCACAGGUGGGUGCCUGCCAUCCACCCAGCUCCUAUUGGCAUCCCAAUCUUGGGCUGGGGCCUGGGAAGAGGAAGAGACUGCCAGGGGCUGGGCCAGCCCACCGUGCACUUUGACCCCGGCUCCUUGCCAGCACGGCUGCUAACAGACUGAACUUGACUGUGCCUUGCAGGCACUCCCAGAUCGGCUGUGGAAGGAGCUGGGCCUUAUACCAUCCACCUCCACAUGGCCUCUUGGCCAGCUGCCCACCCCAGUGCCAGGUGGGAGAGGGAGCAGAACAGCCACCCCCUUCCAGGUGGCAGUCAGAAGGGUUUUUGUUUUUGUUUCUGUUGCCAUUUGUGUAAAUACUAGUCUUUU